GACAACUGGACGCGAUCCUCUUCCCUCCUGAAGACUCCUGCCGUAUCAAUUGGGACCCCAGCCUACGUCCCUCCAGUUCCAGUCGUCUCCCAGGCGCUCGGCCCCAAGGCAUCGGCUCUGCGCUGUGCCCCAGUCUCCCCCAGGGACAAUGCUGCCCGCCCUGAUGAUUACCCUUAGCUGCCUGGGCCUCAGCUCCCUCACACAGGCCCAGGUCGUUCCCAUCAUGCCUUUGGGCCCAGCUCCUGACACCUUUGAUGACUCAUACUUGGACUGUGCGGAGGAGAUGGAGAAGGAGGCCAUCCACCUGCUCCAGGAGGAGAUGGCACGCCACUCCCUGCUCCGGGAAUCAUGGGGGGCUGCCACAGCUGCCUGGAAGAGCCGAAGGAGGGGACUCACUCUGCCCCUGGGUUUCCGAACCCAGCAUGCCGUGGCCAUUAUGGUCUACACCAACUCGUCCAACCCUCUGUACCGGGAGCUGAACUCAGCCGUGAGGACGGUGGGCAGUUCUCGGGAGAACUACAUGAAACACUUCCCCUUCAAGGCCCUACAUUUCUACCUGAUGCAGGCCCUGCAGCUGCUGAGAGCUUCUGAAAGCUGUCAGGAGGGCCCUGGGCAGGAAGUGUUCCGAGGUGUGGGCAGCCUCUGCUUCCAGCCUAAACGGCUGGGAGAUGUCAUUCGCCUUGGCCAGUUCACCUCCACCUCUGAGGAAAAAGGAGUGGCCCAGGGAUUUGGAAACAUGACCUUCUUCACCAUGAACACUUGUUUUGGAGUCCCCAUACAAUCCUUUUCUGUCUUCCCGGAGGAACGAGAGGUUCUCAUUCCCCCUCAUGAGAUUUUCAUGGUGUCUGACUUCUCUCAUGAUGGGACCCGAAACCUAGUGACCAUCAGGAGUCUCAAUCAGACCUGCAGCCACUUCAACUGUGCCUACCUGGGGGGAGAGAAGAAGGAGGGCUGUGUCUCUAACACAGGACAAAGUUGGGAUGCUCUCCCCCCAGGAUCUUGGCUUCAGCUAAUACCAAGGACCCUGAUCCUACCUCCUGGAGCCUUCCAACUCUCAGGCCCAGUGCCCUGAUCUUCUAGCUUCUGGGCUGGAAAAUUGUAGGGACCUGUUGGUCCCCCUGUUGUGUAGUCUCAGCCAGGCUGGGGGCAGCCUGGAAAAGAAAGCAGAGGAAAAAGAUGAAGAUGAAGAUGAGAAUGAUGAAGGUGUUUGGGAGUUGAUCUGUGAACAGUGUCCUAGGAUCAGGGCAGGGGCCUCGGGCCCCUCAGACCAGGCAGAUGCGGAGCUGCAAUGGGUGAGGCCACUCCACUUUGUGGUUGUUACCAUGGCCACCUCUCAAUAAAAGACCUUGCAAAAUGUCUGCCUCAUUCUUCCAAGCACAGGGGAUGGCCCACCUCAUUGGCUAGUAGGUCCACUGGCCAGUGAGUUGGUUAAUUGGUCAGCCCCUAAUAUGUCUCAGGAAGGGUUUUCCAUGUAUUCACCUCUAAUGUAUUGCAAUAAAGCAAUUUAUCGCCUUUCUUUAAAAUGUCCUGCCACCUUCCAAUAUAAACAAACUUACACAUAUCCCUUUAAACAUUUUGGGCAAUUCAUCUCCCUACCUGAUUGCAUUUCCUGUCCUUGUAUGUUGCUUAGAGAUCCAGGAAAUUGCAGGGGAGAGAACCCAAGUUAUUUCAUAACAUGUUAUUUCAUUACAAAGUUAUUGUCAUUUGUUGAUUUUGGCCAAACAUAGGAAGUUGCAGUGACCACAGAAGGAUCUGUAAGAGGAAUCAAAUUCUCUAGCCUCAAUUCAAUUCAACAAUAAUUGCUUAAGAACCUACUUCAGACCAAUCAUUGUGCUGAGGACUGGAGAUACAAAAGUGACAUUUCUUGUCUUUUAAUAGCUUACAGUCUAUCAGGAAGGAUGCAGUACACACGCUUGAUAAAUAGGUAUAAUGGUGUUUCCUUUUCAGAAUUGUUUGUUUGUAGGUGUAAAGCAUCAAGACAGAUAUGAUGUGAGGCUUUGAGCGAUUGAUUUGAAAAUCCAGGAAAGUAUCAGAAACAAUGGACUUGUUCCCAAGAACAUGGACUAUCUCAAUACCUCGCUUCCCAGCCACUUGUUUACAGAAGGAAGGACAACAGAAGAAACUUAGGAGUUAAAGAACUGGGGAAUCCCAAACCCCAGAACUGUCUGGUGAUUACUGGACAAAUGACCAUAGACUGGAGAGACAAUCUUCGGGAAAUGUACUCGAUGGUUUCCAUAGCGGCAGCUAGUCAGCACAGAGGCAGCUAGAUGGGCACAGUUGAUAGAACACUGGGCUUUGAGUCAGGAAGACCAGUCAGUUCGAAUUCAUCCUCAGAUAAUUCCUAGUUGUGUCACCCUGAAUAAGUCACUUAACCUCUGUCUCAGUUUCCUCAUCAGUAAAAUGGGGAUAAUAAUGGCACCUACCUCACAGGGUUGUUGUGAGAAUCAAAUGAGAAUAUUUCUAAAACACUUAGCACAGGGCCCGGCACAUAGUAGGCACUUGAUAAAUGCUUCCCUUCCCAUCCCCAUAAGUUAAAGUGAGAUUUCUCACUGAAGGGACCCAGACUUAAAACAAAAAUAGUGUCAUCAAAGGAAAGAAAAAGUGGCUUUAGAGAUAAACUCUGUACUGUUGCCUGUUGCCUGAAAGAUGAAAGCUCACAGCUCAGAAAUGGGAAGCUUUCGACCAAUCUCAAGCUAAGGGUCUUUGUCAUCUCUGAAAAGGCACAACACUUCCCCAGCUGAGAGCUUUGGUUGAGCCUGACACUGGAAGUUUCUGUGAAACUAUUGUUGUCAUCAAAGAGUCAGUGCGCCCGAGUGGAGGAACAGCCCAGCAGAGCAUCUCAAUAGCCCAACAAUCCAGAGGAAGGGGUCUAGUGGAGCAACUCACCUAGCUGAAAGACUAUGUCCAGAGAGAAUCUAGCCCAGUCUAACCUAGCAGCAGAGCCACCCUUCUGGCCCACAUACUGUUCUCAGAAGUAAAUUUUUUGAGGAAAGGGCUCAAGAAAGAAAAACCAUGGAAGCCCUACAGCUCUGAAGAAAUAAGAAACAUUAAGGCCCUGCAGUUCUGGAGUUGUGAAUUGCCUUGGACACAUGUGUUCCCUCCAUAUGUACCACACUAUUAUUGGAUUUGAAGUUUGUGCUUAUUACACUCUCUCUAAUGACUGUUGUGUUAUGUUGGUGGGAAAGCGACCCCAGGUUUAUGGGAGAGAUGUGUUGUAACCAUUGUUAUUGCUAUGCCAUUUGAGUAAAUGCCUUUGUUGAGUUGUUUAUCAGUUGACUGUUAAUGGGAAGCAUACCAGUAGGGGCUUAGGACCUACACUUAUAGGAAUUAGACAACCACAUGGAACCUGAGAAAGCAGCUAUUCCUCUAAGAGACCUCAACCUACAAGUUCAAAUGCGGCUCGGAGUAAGAGUUAUGUAAACAAUGUAAUUUGAUAAGGGAGAGAACACUAACAACUGGGGGAGCUAAGGAAAGCUUCAUGAAGGAGGUAGUAAAGUAAGCUGAGCCAUGAUUGAAAAUAAGGAUUCUGAGAGGCAGAGGUGAGGAAUGAAUUUCUGGCAUGGAGGAAAGCUAGUGUGAACAAAGCUAGAUUCAGAAAAUGAAAUGUUAAGCUCCGGG